AUGAAGAUUAGCGUCGCUCUAGUGGCGAUCCUACUUCUCCAGACCGCUCUGGUUACGGCGGUCUUCGCGGAUAUCCAUGCAACAUCUGUGGGUGAGGGCAAGGCCAUCGACACCAACCCGUUGAAGCUUAAUUGCUGCAGCAACUGCAACUUUUCCUUCUCAGGCCUCUACAACUGCGACGAUGUCGUCCUCAACAAGUGUGACCCGGUCUGCAAAAGCUGCACCGUCAUGAAGACGUACCCUGUCAAGGAGUACAAGUGUGCCGACACCUUCCUCGGCAUAUGCGGCCCGCCCUGCAAGUAG